CAACGCAAUGGCUAGACCCGGUCCCAAAUUGUUGUCACUCGACUUGUUCGCCAAGACCGUUGAGGAUGCGCGUGUCAGAACCACCAGUGGUGGGCUUAUCACGCUCUCGUGCUUGUGUCUUGUCGUCGUGCUCUUGUUCAGCGAGUACCGCCUGUACCAGCAGGUGGUGAACCGCCCUGAGCUUGUGGUGGACCGCGACCACCAGAAGAAGCUCCCAAUUAAUAUGGACAUCACGUUUCCUCACUUACCGUGCGGCGUGCUCACGUUAGACAUCCUCGAGGAGGGCGGCAACGUCCAGUUGGACUUGUUACAGCAAGGUUUCCAAAAGCUCCAUCUCUCGCCAGAGGGGGUGGUAGUUUACGAAGAAGAUGUGGUGGUGAACCAGAGCUUGGAAGAGAUGCUGAGGGGUGUGGAUGCCGCCGGUAACUGUGGCUCUUGCUAUGGCGCCUUGGACCAGCUGAAAAACGACGAGAAAGAGCCGGCCGACAAAAUCUGCUGCAACUCGUGUCUUGCAGUGCGUAAGGCCUACACCUCCAAGCCGUGGGCGUUUUACGACGGUGAGAACAUUGCGCAGUGUGAAUCUGAGGGAUAUGUAUCCAGAAUCAAGGACAACUUGACGGGAGGCUGUCGUAUUGUUGGCUCGACCAAUUUGGGGCGUCUCAGAGGUAACUUCCAUUUUGCUCCCGGUGCGUCCUUCUCUAGCGCCAAAAUCCAUAGCCACGAUUUGUCGUUGUAUCAGAAGUACGAAGAUAUGUUCAACUUCGAUCACAUUAUCAACCACUUAUCCUUCGGGCCGAAGCUCUCCGAGAAGGUGGUCAUCCACGCGUCCCAGUUGCAGUCGUUGACCUCCACUCAUCCGUUGGACGGGUUUGAGAUUGACCACGAUAAGAAGUUCCACACCUACUCCUACCACCUCAAGAUCGUGCCAACCAGAUACGAGUUCCUUGCGAGCAGCCGCUUGGCCGCUAUUGAAACCAACCAGUUCACGGUUGCGCAGCACGACCGCCCGAUUUCCGGUGGCCGUGACGAAGACCACCCAAACACGGUGCACCUGCAAGGUGGCUUGCCGGGGGUGUUCUUUAACUUCGAGGUGGGCCCGUUAAAGGUUAUCAACAAGGAGGCGUACGGCAAGACCUGGUCUGGCUUUGUUCUCGGCGUGGUCAGUGGGAUUGGAGGCGUUGUAUGUUUGGGGGUUGUGCUCGACAAGGGUGUAUGGGCCGUCGGGAAGGUGUUGAAGGAUAAGAAGGAUACUUAGGUAUAAGAGUUUAAAACGUGACAUCUAGAAUGUUUGUGGAUGCGGUGCGAGUAGGUAGGGAGUAGGUUUGUUUUUGAGAGAAAGGUGUAGGUCCUGGGGAUCCUGUUUUGUUCAGGCCCAUACCUUGCACUCUUCGUUGUUCCGUCAGUUACCCCUAAGAAAAC